CGGGCGGCGACAGCCCGGGCGCGGACGCCCUCGGUGCGGGCUGGGGCAUCACCAAGGGCCUCGACCCCGAAAUGGCGCUGCUGGCCGAGCACCUGCUCAAGCCGCUGCCCGCGGACCGGCAGAUCGAGACCGGGCCCUUCCUGGAGGCGGUGGCCCACCUACCGCCCUUCUUCGAUUGCCUUGGGUCCCCAGUGUUUACGCCCAUCAAGGCAGACAUAAGUGGGAACAUCACUAAAAUUAAAGCCGUCUACGACACUGACCCAGCCAAGUUCAGGACCCUGCAGAACAUCCUGGAAGUGGAGAAGGGCAUGUAUGGAGCGGAGUGGCCCAAAGUGGGAGCCACACUGGCCCUGCUGUGGCUGAAAAGGGGCCUGCGCUUCAUCCAGGUGUUCCUGCAGAGUAUCUGUGACGGGGAACGGGAUGAGAACCACCCUAACCUCAUCCGUGUAAAUGCCAACAAGGCCUAUGAGAUGGCCCUAAAGAAGUACCACGGCUGGCUAGUGCAGAAGAUCUUCAAGGCAGCACUGUAUGCAGCACCCUACAAGUCUGACUUCCUGAAGGCUCUCUCCAAGGGGCAGAACGUGACGGAGGAGGAGUGCCUUGAGAAGAUCCGCCUCUUCCUGGUCAACUACACAGCCACCAUCGACGCCAUCUAUGACAUGUACACUAAGAUGAACGCAGAGCUUGACUAUACAGUGUAGGCGCUCAGACACAGCCCCACGCGGGAGCAAGCAAGCCCGAAUCACUGUGAAUCAAGCUGGGGUGCCCAGCUCAGCCGCCAGGCCAGUCUACGUCUGCAGGGGGCAGCCUCAGCUUGUUCGAGGUCAUUUGUUUUGGUUUGGUUUGUUGCCUGUUCUAGUGGAGCAAUAAACACCUCCUGCUUUCCCAGCGGCCCAGGCUGAGCAGGCCUUCCCUCCAGUGUGGUCAAAACCAAUUAACGUUGCUCAAUUAACGUUGCUAACGAUCAAGUUCUAGGGUUUUCUGUCUUUUCCUCCCCUACCCAGCUCAGGAGGAGCCCAGCCUGGGGUAGACAUACACCUCACCCAGCAAAGAAACCUGAUCCAUCUGGCCCAAGGAUGUCUUAGAUGUUCGGAGCACGAUGGAGUCUGACUGGAAGUUCAGCAGGGUCCCUACUGUGGUGUCUGUUUAAAAAGCAAGCUGGUGGGAGCCCUCAACAUGGCUGGCACAUCUGCCCUUGCCAGCCCUGCUCUCUCUCUUUCACUCUGUCUUUUGUCAGACAGGUUGUUUUGUUUUGUUUUGUUUUAGCCGAAAUGAACCAGCAAGCCUUUUCAGAUGACUGACUAGGCACACAAGUGACCAUACAUGACUGUAUUUGCAUUCUUCUGCAUAAUUAUUUUCUUCAGGGAUGGCUUUUCCAACCUAAGAAACUGCCUGUCAUGGGAGCCCUCCAGCUGUGGAGACCCAAGAAACUGCCUUGCUGCCUUAACUGUCCUUCUGGCGCUAAAAAGAGCUAUAUUUUUUAAAGUAUUGGGGUAAACAAACCCUGGAAGAAUUGAUGUAUGUUAAAGAAAAAAAAACCCAAUGAGGAACAAUUGGUGAUUUUUAUGCAGAAAUUAAAUAAUCCUUAAUAAAUAAAUCUAUAUUUUGAAAUCA